AUAGCAACUGCCGAUGAGAAAGUUUAGUAAGUUUAGUAAACAUAUUUGUAGUAUUUUUGAUGAUUAAUGUUUUGAUUGAUUUGAUGAUUAUAUAUGCUCAUCGGAAACAUAAAAAUGCCAGAGGAAUAACUCUGGGUGCAUUUCAUUCUCCAAAUUUGACUUUGAAUGAUUUGUCUUGCCCGUUAUUUGUACUCACAGUACCUAAUAAAUUUGAUUUUUUUUAAUGGAGCCCGCGGGUGAUGUUGCUAAUAGUUAUUAUAAGCAUGGACAUGGACGCGUAUCAAACUAGAUAAAGUACUACUUCAGUCUAUUUUUUUACGCUCAAUCAGUAAAAAAUUAAUUGAAUAAUAAUUUGAAUUGAUUAAAUAGAAUUUGUGGGAUCACAUAGUAAGCCAUUUUUACUUUUGACUGUUCUCAAGGACGGGACGAUGUGCUGCUGCAAUCAGGGACGCGAUAUUUUAUUUUAACUUUCCUAUUAUGUGUAGCAAAACGUCCUAGGGUAAUGUUUGGCUUUAAUUAUACUUCUUCUCUGUUCGAAUGAUGCGGUUUUUGUUGCUUUUUUUUAUCUCGGUAGCCUUCAGCGGCCUGAUGCUAGGGAAUGAAGUAGUGUUCACUUUCACUUGCCUAGUGGAACCAUAAACGUGAAGUGAAAACUAGUAUAAAAUGCAUAACCAUAGUCUUCUGGCAGAACUAGACACAGUCUCCAAUUGGUUCAAUGAGGAUAAACUAGUUUCGCAUGAAAAUUAUUGAUGAUUGGCGGAAAAUGUAUUUGUAUUUGGUCGGUUGUAAGGGAGUUUUAUGUUUAAAUAUUUGGAUUUUUUAAAUUUCGUUUUAGAUCAGUUCAGUCAUUGGGUAGAGUACUAAUAUCAUAUUUCGAUAUUUAAGUUGCGGUGUAACAAUUUUGCACGGAACAUCUGGUCAUUCCUCAAAGAAAUAAAGAAACAUCUUUUCCAAAAUAUAAAUUACGAUGCUUUCAUCUGUAUAGUUUACGGGUAAUAGGAGAAUGGGCAAUCCUUUGUGGAAAUUAUGUGGAAAAAAUUACCGUCUAUGGAAAAAUGACGGUAAAGGAAACGGAAUUAACAGGAAAUAAUAUCCCCUGCCAUGUCACGAUGAGUUGUGUCAUUAUUGAAAGUUUCAUCAUUGAUAACAUACUGAACACAAAAUCAACCGAACAAAUCAACUAUUGCGACAUGUGAUUCUAUUAUACAGACAAUCUUUACGAGGGGUUAAAGGUCCAAAUCCAAACAAAACAAGAGAGAGAUACACUGUACAUACACCCGGUUGUAUUUUGUUCCAUUUACUGACGAGUUCGAAUACGAGAUUAAUGUGAGACAUGUGGUCAUUGAUUGUCUUCUUCAAUGUCGAUAGUGAAUUAUCAGGAUGCAUACCCGUAGAAUCUAUCCGGUGGUUUACUUCAUUUGUAAAUUAUUGUGGUCUUUGUCAUUCUAAGGAUAGGUUAAAGUACUGAAAAUAUUAGUGAGUGAUCAAUUGAAUCGCCGGGACACUGUUGCUUGUUAGACACAUUGUUGAGGCUGUAAACAUACCUUCCUCUGACUAUAGUGUUCGAUUGAAAGUGAAUACGAAAUGUUUCAAUGCAUAAUCCAGCAGCGUAAUGGGUGGAUCCACCAACCUAGCCCAGAAUUCAGAGAUGUUUUUCCAGAUAUUCGACAACAGCUAAAUGAACAGCUCAAGUUUCUUGAUGUACGCAUGGAAGCACAAAUUACGCUGAUUCAGGAGUUGCAGGAUUUCUUCCGCAGGCGUGGCGAAGUUGAGCUCGAUUAUAGCAAAAGUUUAGAUAAACUAGCGAAAGGCCUGCAGCUGCGUCACAAGGAACAGCGACAAAAACGCGAGCAAUGGCCUAUGUUUUCAUCGUAUUCUUGCUGGCAACAGCUUAUCAAUCAGACCAAAGCCCUUUCUCGAGAUCACGCGGCAAUGUCGGAGAUCUAUUCCACUCAUCUUGUGGCGAGACUGCAAACAGUCUGGGACGAUGUUCAGCGUAUUUACAGAAAGUGCCGUGAGAUCGGGUUUGAAACGCACGUAGAAAUACUAAGAAUUUUGCAAGAGUUGCACACGAAUAUGAAAACGUACCACACUCUGCAAACGGACGCAAAAGAGGCCGAAAAAAAACUACGUACAGCAGAAAAUCAACGCAUGAAGCUACAACAAACCGUGCCAAAAGAAAAGUUGGAGCGCAGUAAAAAGUAUCGGCUGAUCGAGAAAGAGGUGUUAAAAAGAAAGAAUAAAUACACUGACGCUAGAUUGAAGGCAUUGAAGGCCAAGAAUGAGUAUCAGUUGUGUUUGGAAGCGUCGAACACAACCAUUCACAAGUACUUUGUGGAAGAUUUGAGCGAUCUGAUCGAUUGCAUGGAUUUGGGUUUUCAUUCAGUCGUGUCCCGUGCACUGCUUAUGCACGUUUCAGCCGAUCAAGGCCGUUGCCGAGCUGUGCUGCACAACGCCGAGACGUUGUCUUACAUAGUUAAUUCCAUGGAUAGUCGGGCUGACAAACAGAAAUUCCUCGAACAGCAUAGUGCAGCCUUCAUGAUUCCCAAGCGACUUGAGUUCCAAGGACAAGAGGAAGAACUUGAACCGGAAUUGCAGAAAGCACUACACCAGGAGAUGGAGUCCCGUCUAUUGCAACUUGAACAACGGGUCAAUAAUCUACGCAUGGAGUCGGAAGAAAUCUGGAAAACUUUGGAAACCGCCGAAAUCAAUUUACUAGACAUUCUCAACACUAAGGACUACGAUUGCACUGCAGCCUUUGGGGAAGGUGCGGUCUCAUUCCCGAAACCGGAAAAUGGAUCUGUAAAGCUGAGAUCUGAUAAGAAUGAGAUAGAGGAGUUUUACAUCACGAAAAUACGCGAAUAUAUUCUCGCCACAUCGCGUAUAGCCAGACUGGAUUCCAAGGCAGAAUAUUUGCGUAACGUUUUGGCGAAGGAUUCUACAAUCAAUACGGACACGCUCAUCAAAUCGAAUGUACCCAAACGAAAACGUAUAGGUCGGAUGAACAAAUCGGGACGUCCGAAGCUAUUCGGUGGAUCGCUCGAAGAGUAUCUCGAAGUUUCGGGAGAAGAAAUACCGCUCAUCCUUCGAAGCUGCAUUAGAGUCAUUAAUCUUUACGGGCUACAUCACCAAGGCAUAUUUAGAGUAUCAGGAUCUCAAGUAGAAAUAAGUAAUUUUAAAGAAGCAUUCGAGCGUGGAGAUGAUCCUCUGGCAGAUAUGACUGAUGCCUCCGAUAUCAACUCCGUAGCCGGUGUGCUCAAACUGUACUUGCGUGAACUUCGAGAACCGUUAUUUCCAUUGAUAUACUUUGACCAUUUCGUCCAAUUAGCACAACUGGAAUCAAAGCACGAUAUUGUGUCGGGCAUUCGAAAAUUUUUUCAAAGCCUUCCAAAGGCUGUGGUAGUGGUUAUUCGGUAUCUUUUUGCAUUUUUGAACCAUCUUUCUGAAUAUUCCGACGAGAACAUGAUGGACGCCUACAACUUGGCUAUUUGUUUUGGUCCAACGUUAAUGCCUGCGCCCGAGGAUAAGGAUCAGGUGCAAUUUCAGAAUCAGGUUAACGAGCUGAUAAAGAACAUUAUUGUGCACCAUGCUGAGCUUUUCCCAAAGGACCUUGGCGGCAUGCAGUACGAAAAGUUCAUAACAUCGGAAACCUUCGAAGAUAUUGAUGUUGGAGACUCUCCUACCGAGCAAGUUUCUGAGGAUCCCGACUCGGAAGUGUACCCAUCUGAAGACGAAUCGGAUAUGUUUGAAGCGAUUGUUCAGUUCGAUUUUAAUGCUAGAUCUGAGCGAGAGUUGUCUUUACGCAAAGGCGAUACAGUGAUACUGUACAAUCAGGUGUCCAAUGAUUGGUGGCGUGGAGCGGUGAAAGGCAAAACGGGACUUAUUCCCGACAAGUACAUAUCGCUCAAAAUCAAAGAUGAAGAACGCGAUAAAAGUGAGCAUUUAAAAUCGUCCAGCUCUGAAGAAUCUGUUCGAAAGCGACGUCCCAGUGCAAAUAUUUCUCUCAACAGCCAACUUUCGAUUUGCACUCAAAAUUCGAAUACAUUAUCCAAUAUUACUUGCGGAAGUGACUAUACCGCGUCGACCAUUAGCGCAUCAGCUACGGCGGGAGGUACUGCAUCGAACAGUGGUACAUCAGCUGGAGCUUCCGGCGUUGGACUACCGGGAGCGAGUGGAUCGAGUGGAACACAACUCUCGACGGUAUCGUUAACAUCUCCGGGACAUCCACAAUAUCAAGUUAUUCAACAAAUAUCGGCCCCUGCAUCCGGGGCAGCGAGCACGGCGAUGAAUGUUACGCAUCAGCCACCGCUUCCCAGUGCAAAUCAUAACCAAUCGAUGAUGGGCGAAAAAUCAACCAGCGAUCUGAAAGACGUCGACUACAUUAACUACGAUACCGUCGACCAUCUGAAAUCGUCAGCAUAUAGCUACCACGAUGAACCACAUUCGUUUGAAAACUCGUUCGAGUUCGUCGAGGAUAUGAACCAUUUCACAUACGAGGUACAAAAACCAACCGAGCCUAUUUAUGCCGAACCAACGAAAACAACGAUGAAUCGCGAAAAGCCGCCGGUCACUGAUAGCAAAAGUACCGAAGAAGAAAUGAAAAACGUCGAGCUUCGUCCCCGCUUAGGUGGCAUGGGUGAACCUGCGGAACAUAGCAAAUCCCUGCUUGGAUUAAACCGACGCAGUGAAACAAAUAGCUUACCAGCAAGGGUGGCUCUCAGUACACCAUCUACAAAGCCUACUGCAUCUGACGAUCAAUCGGAUCAAUCGAAGCCGAUGAGAAAGUAUCAUUCAAAAAGUUUCAGCCUGUCAGAGAACAAACUAUCAUUGUUGACCAGUAGUGGUGGAGAUGCUGAUAGUAGUGGUUGUGGAUUGAAUGUAUUUCAACAUAAUCGAGACCUUUGGCAGAAGCGUGCAACUCAAAGCUCUUAUCAAAAUCUCGCUACGUCACGCAUACUUACCCGAAACCGUAUUGCACCCGAUCUUGUGAUGGAUCUGCCACCAACGGCGAUCGGAAAGCUAGAAGACGUAACGCGCACAUCACGCGAAUCUAUCGAUAGCGAGCUGGAAGAUAUGACGUCGGCGGAACGUUUCGCUGCCCAAAACCAGUGCACGCUGAAGAAGAAUGAACGGUUUGCUAAUGAAUCUCCCGUAUACGAAAAUAACGCCGUAAAGAAGGAAGUGAAACUUGAUCUGAAAGGUAACUCUGCGUCUACCGAUAAACCUAAAGCGGAAGUGAAGCCACAGGAGAUCAGUAUUAAAAACAGCACAAUUGUGUCCGUUAUCGUCGAUGAGUCUGAAGUUGUUGAAGAGUGUACGGAUAUGGGAGUCGCCAACCCUUCAAUCACAGGAUCUACCGGUGCGAAAGGCAUGGUAUCCGAAGAAUUAGAGACGUUGGAAUGCAUUUCCCCUGCUUCAAGUGGCUUGGAUGCCGAACAAGAUACACUCCCAGCAUUGUCGUUAGCACCGGCGAAAGAAGUGUGCAAAAGUCCCAUUCCGGCGCGAAACACCCAAAAAUUCAUUUCGCAAUUCGCCGAUCUGCACCUUACUGGAGGCUGUUUAGCAAAAUCCAGCGAAGGCACGUCAGCAGCUAGUGUUGCCUCUAUUUCUCAGGAGCAGCAGGCAAAAAAUUUGAGCUCUUUCAAACCGCAGGUGAAGGUAAAGCCACAGAUACUGAAGAAACCACAUGUGCUGCCACCGCAAACACCGGAAAUGCAGCGUCGAAACGCGAACUGAAACGGAGAGCUGUUUUUUCGCUCGUAAUCGUUUUAAGUGUAAAAUUGUGAGGAGAAUACAUAGAACUUUUGGAAAACAUUAAACGCUACUUCUGAUGAGCAAAAAAUGGCCAAACACACCAAAAUCGACAAAACAGGGAUAUGUGUCAACCAAUCCGGCAUCCGAAUCAAAAUAACGUUCAAGCAAAGAGCGCACAUGAACGACAAAUAUAUUAUAGGCAAUAAGCAAAACACUUGUAGUUAUACAACGAUCGAACCUUGCAAGAUUGGGCGAUCGAUAGGGGUUUUACUUCUGUUCCACAUAUGCAGAAUAAACGAAUAUACUUCAGACUUUAGAAAGUGUUAAUGAAAAAACGGGCGAAAUGUCAAACACAAAGAAAACACCAAUGGUCCGAAUGUACGCAUAAUAGCGGUAAUAGCCGACGGAAAAUAGCAAAGCUUAAUCACAGCAAGACUGGAUCGAUACAAUAUAAUUCAAACUAGCCAGCAAAACAGACAGCAUAAAGGUGCAGCAACACUUAUAUGUCAAACCUAUCACUCGUAGAUGUAGGAUAAAUAAUACUCGAGAACAUUUGCAAUAAUGGCAAACGUAGGCCACACACAUGGUUAAUAAGAAGGAAAAAAGAGAUCCAACAAGAAAAGAACUACGUCAUUGUUUUCGAAUAUCGAUAUCACGUUCAAUGUAGCAUGUCGUCUGGUCUUAUGGGUUUGUUUCAGAGAAGAACGAAACACCAACACUAACUGGAAUUGUAAACUUAAUGCGUGUGUUUUUAAUUAAUAUUUUCAUUCCUCUCGAACUGUGUUCUAAUGGUACCGAAAUGUUGGCGUCCGAAUGCAUCGAUCCCGUCUUCUAUGAACUACCUGUUCCAUAAGGUGUACUAAUCCUUCCAAUUGUAGGAUUAGUUUCCUUUGCUCAUCCUUUUAACGCAGCUGAUACGCUAUAAGUAAGAGAAGCUGUUUGACUGAUGCAGUAAUAAACCUGAUAGUUUGAUUGUGGAUUGUAUAGAGCAAUACUAAUCCAUGCAAUACUAUUUACAAAAAUCCAUGCAAUACUAUUUACAUAGUAGCGAUGUGAAUUAAGAGUUUUUAAACAUGUAUAAGGACGGACUGGCCGUAUCUUUACUGAAUUUGAGUUUAUUUUUCAUGGUAUGUAAAAAAAUGGUAAAAGGAACAACAGAAUGCUAGUUUUGGGUUGAAGAACGAUUUACAGCAGGAGAAUAUGGUUACGUCCUUAUAACACACCCAUAUUGAGUUUAUCGGAACCUUUACCACCUCUAUCAUAUUCUUGUGUUGUAUCUCAUUUUAGCUUUUCUUUCCAUGCAAGGAAGGGACCUACUGACAGUGCCCAAGCAAAGAACUUUCAAUGUUCCAAAUUAAUAUACCACGGUGACACAACAAACAGUAACUUUAAUCAUUGAUCUACUCCCAGCUUAUGUGUCUACUAUCCAGUUAUAGAAAGCAACUAUCGUAGUGCGAGGUAUAUUAACUCGCUAGAACAUUGAUAAUAAUCUCAUUGAUGAAUUAACUCCAACAAGCGAACCUAGAAAAGAUCAUCAACGGAUAGCCGUAUCGAACCCAAAUUUGACUGACUGAAAUCUCCUAUGUACUAUGUACCUCUUCAACAGAUGUACUUGAUGGUACUGGCAUACUUAAGCUGUUAUAAUCCAAAAUAUGAUCUACGAAGAAAAAAAAGGCCCCCUCCCCCUUCCUUCCCUUGAUCUCAUCAUCACCAUAAUCGAUAUUAUUUCGGAAGAUCAUAUGCCUUUGGUAUAGAUAUACCUUUUUUUUACUGAUAAAACAUUACAGCUUAACUAGAAUUCGUUUAAAAACAUAACUGACAAAACUGGAACUGCAAAACCAUGAGGUUAUAUACAAAGAAGAUUGGAAUUAUAAGUACAUAUGAAGAUUAUUAACCAAUAAACCAAAGUAUAUACACGUUUAAUAUUGCGUUGCAGACCACCAAAAUGAUUUGAUCAAUUGUAAAACGCUGUGUGUACUGUUAACGAACAAGUAGUUACUGCAAUUUGUAAAACCGUACCGUGACGAUAUUGUUUAACUUUCUUGUUUGGCAAUAUUUGCUGAUCUGCUCAAGUGUUUGUUUUCCGUUUUGUGUGUUUGGUUUGUGUACAAACAAAUGGGUGUGUUGAGUUGAGCC